AUGUCGUCGAAACUCGUACCCUCCGACCCCGCUAGUGUUAUGGUGAUUCGCGACGUUGUUCCGCGCGUAAUCACCACUCUGUCAGUGCCCUUCUGGAGAUUCGGUCGCGUGAAGAUUGGCGGAAGAGGAACGAUUGUGCGCCUCGAAUCCGGUUCCCUCGCCGUCUUCUCUCCUGUCGCAUUGACCGAGGAUGUCAAGCAGAAAGUAUCUGAGAUGGGCGAAGUAAAAUACAUCGCCGCCCUAGACGCAGAACACCACAUCUUCCUCGGCCCCUGGCACAAAGAAUACCCCAACGCGCAAGUCAUGGGCCCCGACGUCCUCCCCGAAAAGCGCGCAAAGCAAAACGACGAAAACGUCCCCUUCUCGAUCCUCUUCAGCGCCGACAAACGCGUCGAGACCAUCUCCCCCGAAUUCGACGCGGAGUUCGAUUGGGAAUACGUCCCCUCGCACGUCAACAAGGAGCUCGUCUUCCAUCACCGCCCUACCCGCACUCUCAUACAGGCUGAUCUCAUGUUCAAUCUGCCUGCUACAGAGCAGUUCAGUAAAACAGGGGUUGACCCGAAUAGCGGCAUCUUGACGAAGAUCUUUGUGGCGCUGCAGAGUACAAAGGGUGAUGCGAAGUGGCAGCAGAGGACUAUUUGGUAUGGAACUAGUGCGAGUGAUAGGAAGGGCUUCUCGGCUAGUAUGGAGAGGAUCAAUAAGUGGGGGUUCAACAGGAUCAUCCCUUGCCAUGGAGACGUCAUGGAGGGAGAUGGUAAGGGUAUCUUUGAGAAGGUCAUGAGAUGGCAUUUGGACGCUGCCGCGCAGGGCAAGAAGAGUACCUGA